CGGCCCUGUUUCUCCCCGCAGGUACUUUCCUUUCUCUGCAGAGUCUGCGGAGAUCCCCGGCGGCGCCCAGGACAACGCCCGUCAGACUCCAGCCUGAGCACAGGCCGUCCAGGCGCCCGGGAAAGGCCGCAGCGCCGCGCCUCCGCCCACUCUGGCCACCGGCGCUCAUAGUGAUCACGUUUUCGUCUUUUCACUGCAAGUUUUCAUUUGCCAUCUGCUACUCCGCAGAGCUGUCUAGUUUAGUUGCCGGUACCCUGUGCAUGCAAACCCAACAACAGUCUGGCACCUGACGGCCCUGCUGUGUGUAGCUGCUGCCUGGGUUGAAUCCCCAGCCCCUGGCUGGAACACAGGGUGACAGUACAGGUUCAUUUAAAAGGCAUAUUUAUUGAAUACCUGCUAUGUGCCCAACACCACCAUUCUGGAGGAUGUCCCAGUGGUAUGAGCUUCAGCAGCUUGAUUCCAAAUUCCUGGAGCAAGUUCACCAGCUCUAUGAUGACAGUUUUCCCAUGGAAAUCAGACAGUAUCUGGCACAGUGGCUAGAAAAACAAGACUGGGAGCAUGCCGCCAAUGAUGUUUCAUUUGCUACCAUCCGUUUUCAUGACCUCCUGUCACAGCUGGAUGAUCAGUACAGCCGCUUUUCUUUGGAGAAUAAUUUUUUAUUGCAGCAUAACAUAAGGAAGAGCAAGCGUAAUCUUCAGGAUAAUUUUCAGGAAGACCCAAUACUGAUGUCUAUGAUCAUCUAUAACUGUCUGAAGGAGGAAAGGAAGAUACUGGAAAAUGCCCAGAGAUUCAACCAGGCCCAGUCAGGAAAUAUUCAGAGCACUGUGAUGUUAGACAAACAGAAGGAGCUUGACAGCAAAGUCAGAAAUGUGAAGGACAAAGUUAUGUGUAUAGAGCAUGAAAUCAAGACGCUAGAAGAUUUGCAAGAUGAAUAUGACUUUAAAUGCAAAACCUUGCAGAACAGAGAACAUGAAACCAAUGGUGUGGCAAAGAAUGAUCAGAAACAAGAACAGAUGUUACUCCAGAAGAUGUAUUUAAUGCUUGACAGUAAGAGAAAGGAGGUUGUUCACAAAAUAAUAGAGUUGUUGAAUGUCACUGAACUUACCCAGAAAGCCCUGAUCCAUGAUGAACUGGUGGAGUGGAAGCAGAGACAGCAGAGUGCCUGUAUUGGGGGGCCCCCCAACGCUUGCCUUGAUCAACUGCAGAACUGGUUCACCAUAGUUGCAGAGAGUCUGCAACAGGUCCGUCAGCAGCUUAAAAAGCUUGAGGAAUUGGAACAGAAAUACACCUACGAACACGACCCUAUCACAAAAAACAAGCAAGGGUUAUGGGACCGCACCUUCAGCCUUUUCCAGCAGCUCAUUCAGAGCUCAUUUGUGGUGGAAAGACAGCCUUGCAUGCCAACUCAUCCUCAGAGGCCACUGGUCUUGAAGACUGGGGUACAGUUCACUGUGAAGUUGAGGCUGUUGGUGAAAUUGCAAGAGCUGAAUUAUAAUUUGAAAGUCAAAGUGUUAUUUGAUAAAGAUGUGAGUGAGAGAAAUACAGUAAAAGGAUUUAGAAAGUUCAACAUUUUGGGUACACAUACAAAAGUGAUGAACAUGGAGGAGUCCACCAACGGAAGUCUUGCGGCAGAAUUUCGACACCUGCAACUGAAAGAACAGAAAAAUGCUGGCACUAGAACUAAUGAGGGCCCACUCAUCGUUACUGAAGAGCUUCAUUCCCUUAGUUUUGAGACCCAGUUGUGCCAGCCUGGUUUGGUCAUUGACCUCGAGACAACCUCUCUGCCUGUUGUGGUGAUCUCCAACGUCAGCCAGCUCCCGAGUGGUUGGGCCUCCAUUCUGUGGUACAACAUGCUGGUGGCAGAACCCAGGAAUCUGUCCUUCUUCCUGAACCCACCUUGUGCACGAUGGUCUCAGCUGUCAGAGGUGCUAAGUUGGCAGUUUUCUUCGGUCACCAAAAGAGGGCUCAAUGUGGAUCAGCUGAGUAUGCUGGGAGAGAAGCUUCUUGGUCCGAAUACUGGCCCUGAUGGCCUUAUUCCGUGGACAAGGUUCUGUAAGGAAAAUAUAAAUGAUAAAAAUUUUCCUUUCUGGCUUUGGAUUGAAAGCAUUCUUGAACUCAUUAAAAAACACCUUCUCUCUCUCUGGAAUGAUGGGUGCAUUGUGGGCUUUAUCAGCAAGGAGCGAGAACGCGCUCUGCUCAAGGACCAGCAGCCCGGCACGUUCCUGCUGCGCUUCAGUGAGAGCUGCCGGGAGGGGGCCAUCACGUUCACGUGGGUGGAGCGGUCCCAGAACGGAGGCGAACCUUACUUCCAUGCGGUUGAACCCUACACAAAGAAGGAACUUUCUGCUGUUACUUUCCCUGACAUUAUUCGCAACUACAAAGUCAUGGCUGCUGAAAAUAUUCCAGAGAAUCCCCUGAAGUAUCUGUAUCCAAAUAUUGAUAAAGACCAUGCCUUUGGGAAAUACUACUCCAGGCCAAAGGAAGCACCAGAACCAAUGGAACUUGAUGGCCCUAAAGGAACUGGAUACAUAAAGACCGAGCUGAUUUCUGUGUCUGAAGUUCACCCUUCUCGCCUUCAGACCACAGAUAACCUUCUCCCCAUGUCUCCUGAGGAGUUUGACGAAGUCUCUCGAAUUGUGGGCCCUGUGGAAUUCGACAGUAUGAUGAAUGCAGUGUAGAGCAUCAAUUUCUCUCACCUUCCCUGGCAACAUUUUUCCUUCCCAUCUGUGAUUUUCCUCCUGCUGCUACUCUGUUCCUUCACAUCCUGUGUUUCUAGGGAAAUGAAAGAAAGGCCGACAAAUUUGCUGCAACCUCUUGAUAACAAGUGGAUUUUUCUAUUACUCGACCACUCCACUGCGGAGUAAUUCUGAAACAUCGUUGUUACUCUGAAGGGCUUCAUUCAUCUUGUUAAAGGUACCAUUGAAAGGCCCUCUCCACAGAGUGGGUUUACAAAUGAAAAACAUCCAGAUUUACACUGACAACAUCACAACUAGAAAAGGAGUCCUUCGGAGAAGGUGAGGUUUAGCAGCAUCUAGCAAAUGCUGUGCAUAUAGUUAGUGCCCAACUGUUCUAGGUUGUUGGAUAGAUCACGUGGUUAUUUAGGGACCUUCUUGAUGUAAGAUGGACAGAUUUCUAUUCUGGAGAAUUCCUAUUUGUUCUCUCUGCUUUAAAUAUGACUGGAAGUUUUCCACCAGUUUGCCUAUGAAAUAGUUCAAAGCUAAGUUUAUAUAGAAUUACAUCAACUCUCUAUCAAAGGUGGCCAUCCUCUACUCGUCAGGGGAUAAAAGCUGUAUUUGUUAUUUUAUUACAUCUCCCUCCCUGGCUAUAAGAGCUAAAGACAGAUCCCCUCUUGGGAAAAUUAGCUUUUCUGUUUGUUAAUGGCUUUGUGAUACUGGCUAUUAUUACUAGAAGGAAGUACAUUUUCCAUACGCAUUGAGUAGCAUUUUGUGUUUAAAUUUAAAUAUACAAAGCUGAAUAUGUCUGCCUUCAUCGUGGCCGCUAGUACAUGAGAUUGUCUUCACAGUUCCACCAAGGAAGCCAGGCUAUUAACAGCAGCUCUCUCAAGGCAAGUCCUGUUGUUUUUCAAAAAGUUGAAAUGAAUCAUAGAUAUAGACAAACUCAGAACCUUAAUUCAUGUUUCUUAAAUGGGUUAAUUUGUCUUUAAUGUAGUCUUAGUCAUAAAAUUUGCAAAUUGAGAAGAAAAAAAAUAGUAACUGACAAAUCAUUAACUAGAGAAAAUAUGAGAAUCAAAUAAUUUGAAAACUUGUGUAACUGUUGAGAAUUGCAUAUUUUUCACUGAUAAAUGUGUUUCUCUGACAAAUACAUUUGCAAAUGGUUCCACUCUCUCUCCUGUUCUUUUUCUAGACCCCUUUUUGACUGGAUGUUGUUUUGUGAAAUGUAUUGUGUUACUUAACUACUUCCUUCAUUAACACUGACAAAAAAGUGCAUUAGGGGGAUGGGUUUGACACGGUUUCUCCAGGUAACUUUCCCAGCCUGCUGUCUUUGUAGUUGCCUCUUAUUUUCCCACUGUCACCACUGCAAUUAUAUUAUGUAAAAGCUAUGCAAAAAAAAAAAAGUUUUUCUGGUGGGAAUAAAUUUUCUUGAAGUCUA